UUAAUUUAUUUUUGGGAGUAAUGAAAGAAAGAGGCACAUUUCAGCCCUUAUUCAAUGCUUUACCAAACUCACUCAUCAUCCUCCAGUCUUUCAAUUUCAUCCCUUCACUUCUUUCCACAACCCCAUCAUCUUUUCCCUCUUUUCUUCUCUCUCAGGCGGAGAAAGAAAUGGAGUGUUUGGAAGCAGCGUUGAAGAGCAGUUUCAGGAAAGACAUGGCCCUCAAACAAACGUUGUUCCUAGAGGAGUUCUCGUCCGCCUCUAACGUUCAAAACGUCGUCGCUUCCUCCGACGACUUGUUCGUUGACGACCUCCUCAACUUUUCACUCCUCGAAAACAACACCAACAACAAUAACAACAACGAAGAACCCGACCAACAACUCAACAACCACGACUCCACCACCCCUCAGAACAACCAGGAAAAUUACAAUUAUAACCCCUCCUUCAACGACAACAAUUUCAACACCGAACUCACCGUUCCGGCGGAGGAGGAAGUUGCGGACUUGGAAUGGUUGUCUCGUUUCGUCGAAGAUUCUAAUUUCUCGGAAUAUUCUCUUCCCUUCCCCGCAACCGUGACUGAGAAAGUGAAAGUGAAAUCACCGGAACCGGGAAAUACCGCUUUCACUUUCAAAACCCCGGUUCCGGCCAAGGCCAGGAGCAAGCGAACGCGAACCGGUGUCCGGGUUUGGCCGCUCAAGUCACCCUCUUUGGCCGCCGCGUCUUCAACAACAACCUCGUCCUCGUCCUCGUCUUCGCCCUCGAGUCCGCAACGUGCGGACUCGAGGGCGAAGAAGCGUGCCGCUGCGGACGGCGGCGCGGCGCGACGGUGCAGCCACUGUGGCGUUCAGAAAACGCCGCAGUGGCGCACCGGACCGCUCGGGGCUAAGACUCUGUGCAACGCGUGUGGGGUCCGCUACAAGUCGGGUCGGUUAUUACCCGAAUAUAGACCCGCCUGUAGCCCUACUUUCUCCAGCGAGUUGCACUCCAACCACCACCGAAAGGUCCUCGAGAUGCGGCGGAAGAAGGAGGACGUGCCUGAGCCCGACACCGCUUCGCCACCGUCGCUUCCCGGUUUUUGAAUUUUUUUUUCAGGUUAGAAAAAAAAAAGAGUAAUAGUUAGAGAAGAGGUUGGACCAAAUGGACCUGUUUCAGUGGGACCCGGAGUUAGUGUGUACAUUUUUUUUCCUUUUAAUUUUAACCGUCGUUGGUUGUGGUAGGUGUUAAUGUUAGUUGUUAGACAUUACUUAUUACUAUAAUGUUAUUAUUAAUUAGGACUUAGGAGACUUAAUAUUGAAGAACAAUUUUACUUUUUAUGAAAAUUUGAUGAAAUUAUAAAUGUGUGUAAUGUAAGAUGUUAAAGAAGUCUGGUUUAGUUGGUUAAUGGAACUAUGUAAGGUAAUGAGAUGAGAUGAGGAAUGCUUGUGGGGGGUGUGUUUUGAA